CCGUCCAAUCCAAGCGCGAGUGCUCGACUCGACUCGACUCGUCUCUUCUCGCCAAUGCCCAUCACCACCACCACCACCUCCUCCGCCCCGGAGCAGCUGCUCGACAUGCCGCCGUCGAGCGUCGCCGCCACCACCAAUGGCGCGCGCGCGGCGAGCAGGCGGAGGCGGAGGCUGCUGCUGUUCGCCAACUACGCCGCGCUGCUCGGCGGCUCGGUGGCGUCCAGCCUCCUGUCCCGGUACUACUUCGCGCACGGCGGGCACAACCGGUGGGUGGCCACCCUGGUGCAGUCGGUCGGGUUCCCCGUCCUGCUCGUGCCCGUCUACGCCGGCCGGUCGCCGUCGCAGCCCCGGCCGUUCGAGUGGUUCACGAGGCGGCUGCUGGCGGCGUGCGUGGUGAUCGGCGUGCUCAUGGGCGUGAACAACCUGCUCUUCUCGUACAGCUCGUCGUACCUGCCGGUGUCCACCUCGUCGCUGCUGCUGUCCACGCAGCUCGCCUUCACGCUCGUGCUCGCCGCCGUCAUCGUGCGGCACCCGCUCAACUUCUCCAACCUCAAUGCCGUCGUGCUCCUCACGCUCAGCUCCGUGCUGCUCGCGCUCCGGUCGUCCGACUCGGGCGAGCGCCCCGGAGGAGGGAGCCGCGCGAGGUACUUCGUCGGCUUCGCCGUGACGCUCGGCGCCGCGGGGCUCUUCGCAGCCUACCUGCCUGUGAUGGAGCUUGUGUACCGCAAGGCAGUGUCCGGCGGGUUCCGCAUGGCGGUGGAGGUGCAGGUGAUCAUGCAGGCCGCGGCCACCGCGCUGGCGGUGGCGGGCCUGGCCGCGGCAGGCGGGUGGAAGGAGGAGCUCGCUCGGUGGGACCUCUCCCCGGCGGCGUACUGGGUCGUGCUGGCCUCGCUGGUCGCGACGUGGCAGGCCUGCUUCAUGGGAACCGCCGGGAUGGUGUACCUCACGUCGUCGCUGCACAGCGGCGUGUGCAUGACCGCCGUGCUGACCGCCAACGUCAUCGGCGGCGUGCUCGUGUUCCGCGACCCGUUCGGCGCUGACAAGGCCGUGGCCACCGUGCUCUGCGUCUGGGGCUUCUCCUCCUACCUGUACGGCGAGUACAACAGCACGCAGCAGAAGCAGGACGGCGACGGUAAGGUGGCCGCCGCGUCCACCACCACUGGAGCCGCCGGCGGCGCGGACAAGAAGAACCCCACAGGUGGCGGCGCGGAAGAAGGUGGCUCAGUACUUGAAGCCGUUUGAGCUAGCUAGCUAAGCUAACCUUUUCCUUUCCAGAAAGAAAAAAAGAAAGAGAAAAUGUCAAGCGAAGGAGACACGGAAGAAAAGAAGUCCAUCUCAAGGGUUAGCAUGCAAAGCAAGCACAUCAAUCUGGCCAAGCUGCACAAUGCAUCAUAUAUUCAUAUGCGUGGUGCAUCUAAACUAAUUAAAAAAACAUGCAUAUAUCAUGUAUGGCACAAGAGACAAAUGCUGCAUACAUAUAUAUGUUGCACAUUAACAACGCAUUGUCCAUGAGAUAUAAACAGGGUUGGUGGCUGUGGUUUGGUGUGGCUACUACUUGCUUGUAAGGUUUAAGGUUUUAGUAUUGUGGAGACAUGGAUGAAUAUAUAUCAAUGGAUGGAUCGAUAGAAAUU